AGGAUAUUGACAACCUGGAAAAAGACAUGACCCAUUCAUGAGCUUGAAUGCAGUGAUAUCUCAUCACAAAAGACGGCUAAGCUCACAUACCGGCUUCCGAUGGUCAAUGUAUGGAAUCCUUUGACCACAUUUCUGAUGUGGCUACUCUUGUUCGCGGCAAUGACGUUGACCUGCGCACACUUGUAUACUGAUUUUUCGCGGGGUAAAUUACUGAACAUGCCCGAAGCGGCGUCUCCUAAUGGUUAAUUGCGAGGCGAAUCAAACUGGAUGCGGAAUAGGCGUCUGGGCGGACCAAACAACAAUUUGAUGCCCAAUGGCAAGCUCGGAAUCCCGACCCCGACCAGAGACUGCGUGUUGUCGUGGAAUGACUUCCUCACUCAUGUAGUGGGGAAGACGUACAUCGCCAUAUACGGUAUCAAGAAUCACGAGGAAUUAUUUGAACAGAAAUCAUUCAAGUUCAAAGUUCGGUGGACAUUCAAUGGAACAUUCGUAAACCGUGCGGGAAGUUACUGGGACGUUACUAAACAGCCGGCCCCUGCAUGCGACUUCUUCAACGGCAACUUCCAGAGAGUCGACUCGACCACCGCCAGCUGGCGUGCUUUGGAAACAGGAACGUUCUUGACUGCCAACAGGAGGGACUAUCUGAUCAGUGACAAUCCGAGCGAGUACCUUAUUUUCCACAUAUGCUAUGACCCCUCACAAAACGUGGCCAACAAAUGCCCAGUUUCAGGGACCUUGCUGGUCGUCAGGGACCGACGUCCCAACGUGGACGUGAAUCCCGUCGACGGCAUUCCCGACGGUGACCUUGAACUGACGAACACCGACUGGGCCAGUAUUGACCGAAAGUCGAGGUCCUGUAUCGGUGAAAGUCUUGUCAACACUGACGCCCUGGGUUUGGAGUGGUUCUGGAAAGGACCGGAAUGCCGUGCGCCAUAAAAGAGCCCAACGAUAAUUGUUCCGAAUCGCAUCUCUGCCUGUUGACUACCCACUUUAAAUCGCUGACAACAACAUCUUUUGCGUAUACUGACAAACAGUUCUCAAAUAAAACCAUAUUCACGUUUCUAUGUGUCGUUCGUCUAUCACUUGUCUACAAAAUAAUGUAAAAUCCGCGAUGACCGUUGUAUGCAGUGAAGUAAUUUUUAUUUAAAAUUUUCGCUUGAACAUCUAUCUAAAUGAGAGUAUUUUAUAAUGAAACUGUUAAAUCGUGAUAGUAAUUCGAUAAAAGAAACUUUAAGAAAGCAUUUGCAUCGAUUGAAUGAAACAUUUAAUAAACGCACAUUCUUGUUGUUUACUUUUUCUACAAAACCUUUCGUGUAAGAAUGUUUCUGUUUUUGCAAGUUUAUAUUUAUUGGACACACGUAACUGGCAAUUGUUUUGAUAUAAUGAAUGUAGUAUGUGAGCAUACAUAACUGGCAGUUGUUUUGAUAUAAUGAAUGUAGUAUGUGAGCAUACAUAACUGGCAGUUGUUUUGAUAUAAUGAACGUAGUAUGUGAACAUACAUAACUGGCAGUUGUUUUGAUAAAAAUGAAUUGUAUUUGAGCAUACAUAACUGGUAGUUGUUUUGAUAUAAUGAAUGUAGUAUAUGAACAUACACAACUGGCAGUUGUUUUGAUAUAAUGAAUGUAGUAUGUGAACAUACACAACUGGC